CAUAACCUCUAUCCUGACCUAACCUCCACCUUUUGCUCCGGCAGUGGCCAACUCACUGAAUUUUGCGUGCCCAAUUUGUUGAUUUUUUCUCUAAUUUGUAUCAAUUUUCUCCCUGUCGCUAUCAGUCAGUGAUCCUAGAACUUAAUUGUCUCGAAACGACACGUCAGACCUAAAGUUUCAGUUCAUUCAUGGUAUGAGGUGUGUUUCGAAUCUGAGCUCAAACAAGUUCACAAUUUGACAGUAGAACUCUUGACAAUCUUUCCUCCAAAUCUUAAUCUUCACCAGCCUAUUAUCCAUCAUGCCGCCUGUUGCUGCUGUUCCGAAACCUCGGGAAGAGGAACCUGCUGGAGUGAAUGCUGUUCUUCUCGGGCCCCCUGGCUGUGGUAAAGGGACGCAGGCCCCUAAAUUGGUAAAAGAGUUUUGCGUGUGCCAUCUUGCGACUGGAGACAUGCUGCGUGCUGAAGUUGCUUCGGGCUCUCCUUUGGGCAAAAAAGUCAAGGAGGUCAUUACCUCUGGUGCUUUGGUCAGCGAUGACCUGGUCGUUGAGCUGAUUUCUGCUAAUUUGGAAAAGCCAGAAUGUAAAAAUGGUUUCAUCCUUGAUGGGUUCCCCAGGACCAUUCCACAGGCAAAAGCUUUGGAUAAGUUAUUGGAUAAGAAAAAUACCGCCCUAGAUGCUGUUGUUGAGUUUAGUAUCGAUGACGAAUUGCUCGUAAGAAGAAUAACUGGCCGCUUAGUCCAUCCUGCCAGUGGACGCUCGUAUCAUGUAGACUUCCAUCCUCCAAAGAAACCUAUGACCGAUGAUGUCACUGGAGAGCCGCUUAUCAAACGUGCAGACGACAAUGAAGCAACAUUGAAGACACGUCUUGCUACCUAUCAUAACCAAACCAAACCUCUGGUUGAUUACUACAGUAAAAAGAAUAUUCACCACCGAGUGGAUGCAUCAAGGUCUAGCGAUGAAGUUUUUGGAAUGAUUCGCAACAUUUUCCUCAAGUGUUCGAUUGCUCGGAAGGAUCGUUUUUGGCUUUAAAGAAUAGUCAGCAUUUCUAGACAUUUUAGCGGCUUAAUACAUAUCAGUUUGGUUACUGUAAAUCGAAGAUGAAACGAUCUGUCCAAUGGAUUUAAUUUUAUGUGUAUCUCGGUGAAUAACAAACACUGAAGGGAUUUGGAUCUAGGCUUUGUUACUAAUUUUGAAUAAGUAAAUGGUAUUGAGCUCUGUGGGAAGAACUAUCCGUGAACAAUUAUUUAUUUAUGAUAUCCUUUAUGGCAUGAUGUUAACCAAUUGAGAAUUCAUAAUACUUUUUUAUCCAUAUCUUUUUUGUGAUCUUAGUCAGUUUUUUUCUACAGAUCAUGAGGAAAUGAGUGCGCCAUGCUUUUCUCACCAUCAAUCGCUUUUUAAAAACGUUGAUUCUCAUUAUUUGGAAAACAAAAUUUCUUUCUGUUUAUAACUUCACUUGUUAGGAACUUAUUCACCUCUUGCACUGAUUUUUUUUUUUUUUUUUAAUAUUAAAGAUUGCACCCGAUUAUGUCUUUUAAAUUUGUCUAGUAAGAAUCUUCUGACGACUAGUCUCAUUUUGUGUCAGGUCUCUUUUAAAUCCGCCUGUUACUGUAAUGGUUUUUGGUUUUUUUUUUUUUUUCAUUUGAUGGAAGAUCAAGGAUUCUGGCAUUCCUCAUAUUUAUUUUGAUUUUUCAUUAAGCUUUUGAUUCGCCAGUUAAUUUGCAUUUUCGGACUCUACUUAUUGUCUUUGAAGAGGGCGUCACCGGUUUAUUUCUCCUAAUUUUUCAUUAUUGUCUUUAUUUCUGUUGUGUCCUAAUUUUUAAUUUUAAAGACGCAGAGUGAGUGAAAAGAGAGAGUGGAGGUUAGUGAAGAAAUCACAGCAAUUUUUUUAAUACCGGUACCAUAACCGAGGUCAAAUUCUUAUAGAAUUCAGAAGUAUACUUACAGCAUUAUACAGCAUGAAUGUUCUGACUCCUAAGUUGUCAGCUCUCCAGAAAAUUCUGGAGCCUUAAGGCAAAUUUAGUCUCAUUCAUGACUUUUUACCAUUGCUCCUCAAGAAAGUUGCCUCUUGAGAAGUUCUGAGGUAAAACUGUAACUUAUUUCUCAGACUUUUUUCUUUACGGCUCGUUUUCAUGGGAUUUGUCUGAAGUUCGAAUGGCAGGAAUGAUUCCAGGAUUUCUCCCAGUUACCAUCUCCACAGGACAGGGCUCUCACAUUCCUGAGAGAAGUUGGGACAGGAAGAUAACUCAAGAAAAAUUGAGUAUUUAAUUGGGAUCAAUAUAAUAAUUGAACACGAUUAACAUUUUAACAAAUUAUGUUAAGUAAACAAACUUGAGCAAUCAAGUAAACAAGAAAAUAUCGCCCAAUUUGCUUUUACUUCUUCUUCCCCUCUCAGUUAUUCUUAGAUAUAUCUACAAGUGGUACAAGGACAUACAUAUUUGGUGCUGGAGAAAAUAUUGACCAACUCAGUAUAUUUCCUGACUUCGCAAGUCGGAUUUUUACCCGGGACAAAUUCUCUGAAAACGUCCUGUAGAGGCAAGGCCUCUGAGAAAUUCUCUUGCCAGCUUCAAAUUUUGCCCUGGACAAAAAUAGUCCUCCAUCCCCAACAAUCUGGUUUGACUUGAGUCCAAAUUGCUAAUGACGUAUCUUUGAAUUCGUUAAAAUGAAGUCAAAAUAGUUUGGAAAUGAUAAAGACAGUAAAAUAAGUAUUAUUUUCAAGAUGGCUGUUCUGUUAAUUUUGAAAAUUUUAAGUCAUUUUUUCUUCCUCCUUCUUUUCUUUAUCCCCCCCCUUCCCCCCAAAUUAGCUUUAACAGUGAUCUUCUUGAUUUAACCAUAGUUCCAAUUAAGGUGAUUUUCCUUUUCGUUCAAUAUUUAUCGAACAUUUUGAGUUCAUUAGAUACUACUGUUCACCUGGGACAUAUUAAUAAUCCAGUCUGAAGUGUGUUUCAAAACUUGUUCAUCACCGCACAAAAAAUAUUUUUCAUAAAUUGAUAUUGCAUUUAUCCUUUGUUUUUCCAUUGAAGAGGCAAUAGCAUUUCAGCCUCUCUUUGUCUCUUGAUCAGCAUUUUUCUCUUCUUUUUUUCAUCUUAGUGUUGCAAUCUCCUUUUUUAAGCCUUCUAAAAAAUAUUCAUGGCUUUUAAAAUUCAUCACCUAAAAUUACCUCUAAGAACAGAAUGAACUACGGAAAUCCGUUUUUAUCCAAACACUAAUGAACUCCCUAAAUUUAUAAUCUUGCUAAUAUUAAAAUGCUCAAAGAUAAGUACUUUCUGUGGAAAAUAGUUUAAUUUUUUUUAAAAAGAAAAAGCUGAAGUACUAUUAACAGAAAAUUUAAAACUUGAAAAUCUACGGGAAACCAUGUUUUUACGAUAAAAAGUGUUGCAAGUAUCAAACAUUUUUGUAUUGUUUUUAGAAAAUCAGCGCCAAGUUUGGAGUUAGGAAGACACACUGAUAUCAUUGAUGAUCAGUCUCUUUUUGACUGUCUGACAAAUCCUUUUGUCAUGACGAGUGCCAAAUAAUUUCCACUAUUUUCUCUUCAUCAUAACUGUAUCUUUCCCUAACCUACCUUUUUACUUGUGUAAAUAAGUUUGCUAAGAAUUAGGAUGUUACAAACGUAAAAAAAAUUAAAAUUUUAGUCACUACCUUUCACAACUCUGCUUAGGUUAGGCUAGGCACUUUAGUGGUGUUGGUAAUUUUUUUCAGGCACUGGCACAAUUUUGUUCGGUGUCAACAUCUCUUUUUUUCUAUGGAAAGUUAUUACAUGUUUCAAAGAGGAGAGAAUGAAUUUUGCUCAUAAAUAACGCAUUUAUUGCAUCACUCUGGAAGAUUCAGUCUGUUUUGCUCAAAAGCAAGUUCCCAGCAAUUUUUAACAAUCAUUAUUUGCUCAAUUCUUACUCGGACAGAAAUGACCUAACUCUAAUGCUUACCUCUAAAACACUGUGUCUACUAUCUUUUUCGCGUGGAUGUAUGCAUUUGCCUCCCUUGUGCUAAACUCGGUCCACUUUUCUGUCCAUCCUUUUUCUGUUACAUCUAAUUACCUGUGUCAGCCUGAUGCAUUUUUUUUAAAUGGAACUUUGCGUUAAAAAAUUUAGCACUAAGUAUUUGAAAUCAAGUAAAGCCGAGAAAUGUGAAUUAGUAGGCAAUAUUGUUCCGAAAAUUUUGUAAAAAGGUUUAUUUUUGUGUACAAUAAAUUCUUGUUUUUUUUGGUAUCA